CCUCCUGCAGCUCGACUGCUGCAAAGUGCAAACCCAUGUGCAGUGAAGCCCUCGCGAUGCUGACCACGGCCAGCGAUCAGCGCCGAGACGCGGAUCUCCAGUCAAUUCUUUUUUUGCCCCCCGCUAGCUAGCUUUUGAUUCGACGAUUCGUGGCUCGCUGCAGUGUGCAGUCUCCUCCCGGGAUUCCAUUCGAUUCUCGGCUUGUCGCAUCUGCUCUGCAGCUCAACUCUGCGCGCACACCGGCCAAACCCCUCCGCACGCGUUGCCAUUUCGGGGGCUCCCGCAUGCUUAAACCACACACCCGCCACGGCACGGCGUAGCAGCAGCAGAAGCAGCAGCAUGGAGAGGGUCGGCGCCCACGGCGGCAAGCGGUGGCUGCCACGCCUCCUCCUGCUCGCCGCCCUCUCGUGGCUCCUGAUGGUCUACCUCCACGCCGCCGUGUUCCACGCCCCGCCCGUAAGCACGCCGCCGCACACGUCCCUCGUCGCCGUCGCGUCGGACUGCGAGGACUGCCAGCGGUUCCUCCUCCGGCAAGAAGAGCAGCUCAAGAAGAUCGCGUCCGCCACCGCCAGCGCGCUCCCGGCAGCGGCGGCAGGGGAGGAGCGGCAGCACCCGCGCGGGGGCGGCGGCGGCGACGCCUGCCGGGGCCGGUACGUGUACAUCCAUGACCUGCCUCCGCGGUUCAAUGCCGACAUCAUCCGCAACUGCCGCAAGACCGAGGAUCACUGGGCGGACAUGUGCCGGUUCCUGAGGAACGACGGCCUCGGCCGGCCGCUCGCCGACCGCAUCGACGGCGUCAUCAAGAGCGAGGCCGGGUGGUACGACACGCACCAGUUCGCGCUCGACGCCAUCUUCCACAACCGGAUGAAGCAGUACGAGUGCCUAACCAGCGACUCCGCCGAGGCCUCCGCCGUGUUCGUCCCCUUCUACGCCGGCUUCGACUUCGUCCGCUACCACUGGGGCUACGACAACGCCACCAGGGACGCCGCGUCGGUGGACCUGACGGAGUGGCUCAUGGCGCGCCCCGAGUGGCGGCGCAUGGGCGGUCGCGACCACUUCCUCGUCGCCGGGCGGACGGGGUGGGAUUUCCGCAGGAGCAACAACGUCGACCCGGACUGGGGCAACGACCUCCUCGUCAUGCCCGCCGGCCGGAACAUGUCGGUGCUCGUGCUCGAGUCCGCGAUGCUGCACGGCAGCGACUACCCCGUGCCGUACCCGACCUACUUCCACCCCAGGUCGGACGCAGACGUGCUCCGGUGGCAGGACAGGGUGCGCGGCCAGCGGCGGACGUGGCUCAUGGCGUUCGUGGGCGCGCCGCGGCCCGACGUCCCCAUCAACAUCCGGGUCCGCGACCACGUCAUCGCGCAGUGCAAGGCGUCCAGUGCCUGCACCAUGCUGGGGUGCGCGCGCGCCACCGGGAGCACCCAGUGCCACACCCCCGGCAACAUCAUGCGGCUGUUCCAGAAGACCAUAUUCUGCCUGCAGCCGCCCGGCGACACCUGCACCCGGCGGUCGGCGUUCGACUCCAUGGUGGCCGGCUGCAUCCCGGUGUUCUUCCACACGGGGUCGGCGUACAAGCAGUACCGGUGGCACCUCCCCGGCGACCACCACAAGUACUCGGUGUACAUCCCGGACGCCGACGUCCGGCAGCGGAACGUGAGCAUCGAGGCCGUCCUCCGGGCGAUCCCGCCGGCCACGGUGGAGCGGAUGCGGGAGGAGGUGAUCAGGCUCAUCCCGAGGGUCCUGUACGCGGACCCCAGGUCGAGGCUGGAGACUCUCAAGGACGCGGUGGACAUCGCCGUCGAGGGGAUCCUCGGCACGGUGGCGAGGAUCAGGAACGGCGAGUACGUCGACAGCGGCGGGCCGGUCACCGAGGACCCUCCGAACCUGUUCUCUUCAACGGAGUCGAGAUUCCGGCCGAAACAAUCGGUGCAGGCGGUCGAUCACUAGUUCUGACGGCGUGCCCGGAAAAGAAGUGCAGAAUAGUCGAUUCAUUAGUUGAUUAUUACUGAUAUUAGUUGAAAAAAACAAAUAGCUCAUAUUUUCGCCUAUGUUUCAAACCUGUGAUUCAUAUUGGAAUAUAGAAGAUUA